CGCAGGGAAAAUUCCCAUAAUGUUCAGUCAUUGAGUAAAGAAGAGCAGAAGAGGAACACAAAGGAGUGUGUGUGAUGUCGGGCUCACCGGAGUGUGUGUGUGUGUGUGAGAGAGAGUGUGAGGGAGUGUGAGGGAGUGUGAGUAUAUCGCAGUGGAUGGUUAGAGUGUGUGUGUGUGUGUGUGUGUCUUCUAGAGAGCGGAGUGUGUGUGCGCGCGCGCGUGUAGCUUGAUUACAGCAGGGACAGGGCUCUCUCUCUCUCUCUCUCUCUCUCUCUCUCUCUCUCUCUCUCUCUCUGUGUGUGUGUGUGUGUGUGUGUGUGUGUGUGUGUGUGUGUGUGUGUGUGUGUGAGUGAGUGAGAGGGACUGAGACUCAGGGCUGAUGUGAAACUCCUCUCCGUGUAAAGGCUAACGGAUGCUGACUCCUGGGCGAUGGACCUCUCUCAGAUGACCCCACUGUCCUCAGCUCCGACGCUCGGGGCAUGGUGACCGCUGUCAGGUGGCGUUUAGCCGGAGCCGAGCGGGCCUGAGGAGGAGAGUCAGGAAGGAGAAGGUGUGAUAGAGGAAGAGCGAGACAGGGGGAAAGAGAGCGUGAGGACACCAUGGGCCAGUGUGUGAAUAAAUGUAAGAACCCCACAUCCUCUCUGGGCAGUAAAAGUGGUGAAAAGGAUGCUGGGAAGUCCCAUGGCAAAAAAGGAAGUGGAGGAGGAGGGCCCAGAGAGGAGGCCAAGUUUCCUGCCGAUGUCAAUGGCACCAAAUCACCAGAGGUUACCACGGACACCUCUGCGACCACACCCCUUUCUGACGUGAGGAGGGAAGAGACUGCACAAGAUGGGGAGGGGCUUUCGCUGGCUCGGAUAGAGGAGAUGUUCAUGCAUUAUAAAGACGAGCAUGAGGAUGCCAUUUUGGAAGAAGGAAUGGAGCGUUUUUGUAAUGACCUGCACGUAGACCCGGCCGAGUUCAAGGUCCUGGUGCUGGCCUGGAAGUUUCAGGCUGCAACCAUGUGCAAGUUCACAAGACAGGAGUUUGUGGAGGGCUGUAAGGCGAUCCGUGCCGACUCUGUACAGGGGAUCUCUCAGCGUUUCUCAGCCAUGUUAGACGAGUGUCGAUCUGAGGAGAACUUUAAGGACCUGUAUCGCUUCACGUUCCAGUUCGGGCUGGACUGCGGCGAGGGCCAGCGCUCACUGCAGCGCUGCAUUGCAAUUGCCCUCUGGAGACUGGUGUUCACACUGGACAUGCCGCCGGUGCUCGAUCGCUGGCUCCACUUCCUGUCGGAGAACCCAUGCGGCGUGCGUGGCAUCUCGCGUGACACCUGGAACAUGUUCCUCAAUUUCACACAGAGUGUCGGACCUGACCUGAGCAACUACAGCGAGGACGAGGCCUGGCCCAGCCUCUUUGACUCCUUUGUGGAAUGGGAAAACGACCGGCGCAGGAGGGAACAGGAGCGGCAAGAGACAGAGGGAGGGGAUGGGAAGACGGAAUCCACCGCAGAACCCGAGCCCACGGCGUGAGGGGAACGAAACGCUGGGCUGGGAGCGUACAGGAGAACACAGGGUCCCUGAGAGUGCAGCAUGAUGGGAUAACACAGGGCCAGAACUGAUAAACACCCAGCAUGGGCCCUAAGCACAGCUCAGCAUGGCACCGCACGGCAUGAUGGGAAACUGUGAAGCACUGGGAUGGAUGUGAAGAGUAUUAUACCCAGAACUUUCUGUGAUGAUGCUGAUGGUCAUUUUUAUAUUUUUAGGCUUCACUGUAAAUGUAACGGGCGUCCUUUUAUCCCCCUCGAGUUAUUUUAUCAAAAAGGGCUCCAGAAAUACGAAAUUGUUUGUUUUUUGUUUUUUUUAGCACUUCUAUUUAAGUUAUUGUUUUUAUUUCUUUUUAUUUCUGCCGUAUUUUAAAAAAAAAAAAGUUCUUAAUUAUUCUUACGCCAGACCGAGCACCAGACACGUCCCAGACGUCUGUCACCAUGGCAGCAGCAUGACCUUUGACCUUUUGUUGCUUAUAAAAGAAGGGAAAUCUGUUCAGUAUUUACAAAAUGAUGUCAGGGUGAGGGAGAGACCCGGGCAGGGCUUUAACGGUUAACUCCAGCACACAGACCCUACACCUUUACUGCUCAUCAUCAAUACUGUCAUCAAUAAUCUCUCUCUCUCCCCUCCCCCAUCUCUCUCUCUCUCUCUCUCUCUCCCCUCCCCCAUCUCUCUCUCUCCCUUCCCCAUCUCUCUCUCUCUCUCUCUCCCCUCCCCCAUCUCUCUCUCUCCCCUCCCCAUCUCUCU